AUAGUUACAGCUCUGAGAUCUCCAGGUCUGCAACAUGACGACUCCGCGAUUAGUUUGUAGCGUCCAAAGCAGAUCUCUCACAGAGCAUAUAUUUGUAGGGUAAUUUUCAAUUGUUGUUAUUCAACUAGUGUAGGUGAUUAUCUAGACUUCGCGACAAUUCUAUUAAUCAAUUUCCUGCUUCUUUUGCUCGCAAUCUGAGUUCGGAAGUUUGCGAACAAGGACUGUGACACUAAAGCCCGGUAUUGUACGGAGUGUUACCGCGACGCAUCGGAGAAUGCCCGUGAUCAGUGGAGUAUUGUGGCUUUUUACUGCAUGAAUUCCCAAGCGACCACGGCUUAACACUUUCUACUUACUUGUAAGAGUCGUUUCUUCAGAGAAUCGUCGCACAACACGCAUUGCGCUUACUCAUUCGGCGUCGGGAAUAUACCCGGUGAAACCUGUUCAGACCACAUUGCUUAUACCUUGCUGGUACCGCCACAAUGGCCGACAACACGGACGCAAGCAGCCACAACGACGAGGCCAUCAAGUCGCAUAUUGAGAACCUGGUCCGCACGAACCUGCCGAACUCAGCUAUAUACAACUUUCUAUUAUCAGACGUAAGGAUCGUGUUCGCGACCAAGGGAACAGUCAAGGCACGGCUGACGCUUACGCGCAACCACAUCAACUCGGGCGGUGGCAUUCACGGGGCGGUAUCGGCCGCUAUUACCGACUGGGCCGGCGGAAUGGCAAUCGCGACAUGGGAUCUCAGAGCAAAGACAGGCGUCUCGGUCGACAUCCACGUGCGCUACCUGUCGUCGGCCCGCGAAGGCGACGAGGUCGAGAUCGAGGGGACCGCCGAGAAGGUCGGGGGAUCGAUCGCAUUCACGCGCAUCGUCAUUUCCAAGGUGGUCGACGGGACAGCUGGCCCCAUUAUCGCGACUGGCACACAUACCAAGUAUGUGAAGCUGCGGGAGCCGCCAAAAUAAGACUGGCUGGUUCUUUGCUGCUCACCGGGGCAGGGUAGCAGCCGUGGCUACAGGGGCGUUUUUUCCUCGUUCGGAUGGUAGGAGAUUCCAUUUUGGGCGGCUGUGCCUCUAAUCCCCUUUUUCCUUCCCUCCAUAGAUCAAUCUAGACACGACAGACACGGCACGAGAUGUCUGGCCAUUGCAGACACCUUAGUAAUAGCAAACUCCCUUAAGACCUGGGGUUUUUGGGCGUCGCGAGGACAGAAGGGGCCUCUUUUCUUUGACAGAUCCGGUGUAACAGCCCAAUAGCCGUCAUCACAUAA